CACUGCACUGUUGAAGAGUCUUAAAAUGGCGGUUCGAAAACUUGAAAUAGGACCAACCAAAUAACCCUCAAAUUCACAAAAAUAGUCCUCAAAAUCAUCGAUGAAUGUUAUGAAGUUUUAUUAGUUUUAAAGMAGAGUUUUUUUGAAGGUAAUCUGUGAAGACAUGGGCGAAAUGAGGACUCGGGCAGAAGAACUACAAGAACUCAAAAGGAUGAUAGCCGAGUGGAACGCUAGUCGUUUGGAUAUGUUCGCUAUUAGUGAACCGAACGAGGAUCUCGAGUAUCGAGGAGCGAUGAGGUUUUAUUUCCAAGAUUCUGGCUCAAAAGUAGCUACCAAAUGUGUACGAUUUACAAGCAUGGAUAACACUGAAGAUGUUACUAAAGUUUUAGUGGAAAAAUUUCAUCCUGAUAUGAAAAUGCUUUCAAAUCCGUCAUAUUCGCUGUACGAAGUUCACCAAAAUAAAGAGUCAAGAAAAUUGAGACCCAAUGAAUAUCCAUUACGAAUACAACUUGAGUGGCAAAAUAAUGACAGAGAAGGACGCUUUCUGCUUGUCAGUGACACAGACAAAAUUGCUCAUUCAAGUAUCUUUGAAACAAGCAAAAAUGAUAAAACAGUAGAGAAUGUGAACCUUAAGCGCAGUCUCUCAAGACGAGAAAAAAAGCAACUCAAGAAGAAAAGAGAAGAAGAAGCAAAAAAAGCUGCAGAAAGUAAAAAGGCUGGCAAAGAUGACAUAGCUGCACAUCUUUAUGAUGARCUCCCUGAAACAAGCUUUACUCGUAGUAUAUCUAAUCCAGAGGCAGUCAUGAGACGAAGAAGACAACAAAAAAUUGAAAAACGAUUGAAGGAUUUCCAAAGCAAAGAUGCUGCUGCUGGAGGGACAUUAAAAAUAUUUGCUACAACACUAAAACCUGAAAUCCCAUACAAAACCCUGCUGGUGUCAGUAGAUGAUAAYACAACUCAUGUCAUCAAAGAAGCUUUGAUUAAAUACCAGAUGGAGGCAGAGAAUCCAGAAGAUUAUUGCUUGAUAAUGGUGAAUAUUCCCCCUGAAGGUCACAAUACUAGUGCGACACUUGGCAAAGAAAGGGUUGUGCAUGAUGAAGACUGCCCACUCAAGAUAGCAGUCACUUGGCCCCCCAGUAGAGGGACUGUUGUUUUUCAUUUACGAAGACGUGCAAACCUGCCACAACAUAGACAGGAAAGAAGGAGGUCAAAAUCUCCUGCAAGGAAGCCUGUGGAUAGGUCGCCUGAGAAGAUUGGAAGUGACCCUGUCAAGCAACCAUCAAUUCCUGAGCAUCUUCUGCCAUACCUGCAAGAAUUGUCAUCUGAUGGCAUGGACCCUAGCUAUAAGCCCCGAGUACAUCGUCUACAGAUGAAUGUCACUGAAGUUGGAAGCGAGAAGUCAAUGUCUGCUGGAGGGAAUUACCUAGUGCUUCAUGCACCACAUAUUUUGCAACGACACUGUGUUAUUACAAACAUGGAUGGGCGUGUGUCUGUAACCCCUAGUAGUGGUGAUGCUGAGGUGUCAGUCAAUGGCAAGAGAUUUUAUGAGACGACUACCUUAAUGCAUAACGAUGUCAUUAAGAUAGGACGUGCACACACUUUCAGGUUUUGUGAUCCUGCAUUUGAGAAGCCGUCUCGCCAUAGUGCUCCAGUAGGUUACUAUGACGAUGGGAGUAUUAGUAGCAGUAGUGACAUGGAAGCACCAAGACGAACAAGACCAAGUUCACUUGGAGCUCCUCUACAAUCCCCUUCUUAUAACAACCAUCACCCUAGCAACGACUAUCCUAGUAGCCAUGACGACAUAGAUCAAGAUUCAAAUGAACAGAAUCCUGGGAUGUUUGAAACGACCUUCGAUGUAACUGGGGAAGUUACUACAUACACUGGUCGCACCAGAGAACCUGAACCACCACCAAGAUCACCACCCCCAAGAACACCCACUCAGACGUCGUUUGCACACGAAGAUCUUUUUGAUGACAAGCUGCCAGCCACCUUAGAGUUCCUAGAGACAGGAGAGGAUGCGUUCUUUGCUGCAGUUGUCAGUGAAGUCAAUGGUCAAGCAGUGCAUUUCAAAUUGGCUCCUACCUACACUUUGUACAUGUGUUCUCGCUUUCGCAUGUCACCUGCUUACAGACCGGAACUGAACGACCAUCAACGAGGAGAGAGACUGGGCGUGACAUUGCUAAAGAUAGCAAACAUGGCACGAUCUACGAUCAGGGACAAUAACAAAUACCCUGGCAGUCUUGCGUUUUGGAUGGCAAACUGUUCRGAGCUUCUGCAUUUCAUCAAACAAGACCGAGAUAUUAGUCCUUAUACCAAGGAAGGACAGCCCCAUGGACAGCAAGUCCUGGCCCAGUCAGURCAUCAGGCAUUCAGAGAUUUCGUCCGCUGUGCUCAAAAUGAACUUAGAACUGUAAUGUCAGCCUUUAUCGAUCCUACCGACGGUGCUGACAUGGAAGAUAGCGACCUUGAUUCGUUACAUGAGAAGGACACGGAUAACUUACCUGAACAUUCCGAUGGUAGAAGCUACCAUGUGUACGGUCCAGAUGGUACGCUAUCAGGGAAYGACAGUUGGUUUGGUGGUCGACGAAGUCAAGGUCGUGCCACGGUAUCCGAGGUCAUCUAUAACCUAUCAUCCACCAUGUCGUUACUYCGUCGUUGUCGAGUUAACGCAGCGUUGACUAUACAGGUCUUCUCCCAGCUCUUUCACUUCAUCAACACUUGGUUGUUCAACAAAUUGGUUCUGGAGCCGAAGCUUGGCUUAUGCACGAAGGACUGGGGCCGACGGAUUAGUAAGAGACUUGCGCGCGUAGAGAAAUGGGCMGAGAAACAAGGACUUGAACUGGCAGCGGAUUGUCAUUUAUGCAGAAUUGCACAGGCUGCGCAUCUCCUUCAAGCUCCCAAGAACUCCUCGUCUGACGUCAACGCCAUUUCAUCGUCGUGUUUCAAACUUAAUUCUCAACAAGUACGAACACUUUUGGAAAACUACCGACCAGGCCCCGACGAAUAUAUACCACAGGAUUUGGUAGAAGCCAUGGUAUUGACUGCUGAGGAGAACGCCGAUGAGGUUGCGCGUAGCAACGGGCAAGAGAUCCAGUUGGAGGAAGACUGGGAGCUACAGUUACCAUUCCUCCUCCCUGAAGAUGGUUACUCGUGUGAAGUGAUUCGGGGGGUGCCUCCUGGUCUCAAGGGUUUUCUCGAACCGCUGGCAAAGACUGGGCUUUGUAAGCUUACUUUACAACCGGAGACYUCUGGGCUGUGGACAGUUUACUUGAAGAAAUAUGAGAAAUUAAGUGUGGAUAUAUCAAAUGCUCCCCAGACUCACGAAAUUGAAGAAAUUGCCUUCAACAAAGGCCGUGGUGGCAUGGGCCUUAGCAUUGUCGCUGCAAAGGGAACCCGUCAAAAGGAACUUGGUAUAUACAUCAAACAAGUUGUWAAAGAUGGGCCAGCAUCAAAGGAUGGAAGACUGAAAGCCGGUGACCAGAUCUUGUCUGUUAAUGGUGAAAGCCUUAUUGAUGUAACACAAGAAAGGGCUGCUGAGGUAAUGGUGAAAUCAGGACCCAACGUGUCGCUACGGAUUUUGAAGCAAGGCGCAAUUUACCACGGUCUGGCGACACUACUGAUACAAAGCCCUACAAAAGAAUCACCACAAAGGUUAACACCUCUAGAACCAGAACAUGAUCUUCCCCAGUCCUCACCGACCCUGCCAGAUUCUAACGUCCCUGGCUAUCUCCCUCGCCAUAACAGCACAUCGAUGCAGGAAGAAAGGUUUAUCGAUGAUAGAAGGCGAUYUGAAGCUGAGGAGAGGUUGAAAGAGGAGCAAAGGCUUAUGGACGAAGUAGAACAACGAAGAAGGGAAGAAGAAGAGAGGCUUCUAGAAGAGCAAGAGCUGAGAGAUCGGGAAAGGAUAAGAGAAGAGGAGAGAUUGAUKGACGAAAAGAUGAGAAAAGAAGAAGAAGACAAACGUCUGCGAGACGAAGAAAUGAGAAGAGAAGAAGAACGGAGASUAGAAGAAGAACGUACCAGACAAGAAGAAGAAAAUCGACUCUACGAGGAACGUCGUAGACUGGAAGAAGAAGAAGAAAGAGCUCGAGAGGAGGAGGAAAGACUGCUAGAAGAACAGCGUUCGCGUGAGGCGGAACGACAACGACAGAUUAAACUUGAAGAAGAACGACGGCGCAGAGAGGCCGAAGAAGAUGAGAAGUUCCGUAUACAAGAAGAUCGAAUUCGUAAGAGAAUGGAAGAGGAAAGACGAAUCAUCGAGGAGGAAAGGAGAAAACUAGCAGAAGAAAGGCGGCUGCUAGAGGAAGAACGGAAGAAGGAAGAGGAACGAAAACGCGCUGAACAGCAGAGAAUACAGGAUGAACAACGUCGACUAGAAGAAGAGAAGAAGAGAAUUGAAGAAGAGAAAAGGCGGCAGAUGAUAUCUUUAGAGGAACGGCGCAGAGCAGAGGAAGAGCGAAGGCGGCUGCAAGAGGAGGAAGAAGAAGAGGAAGCACAGAUCAUUGCUGAAGAACAGCGUCGACGUCAAGAACUUCUCAGGCGUGAAGAAUUCCGAAGACGUGAAGAUCAACGAAGAAUUGCUGAGGAGCGAAAACGAGCCGAAGAGGAAGAACGACGUUUGGCGAACGAACCUCAGAAGCCACGGUCUCGUAGGAUUCGUUUCGAAGAUGAAGUUAUGCCAAAAGUGCAAACGGUGGAGCAGCAGACACCUCAGUUCAAUUUUCAACCUGAAACUACUGAAAAGAAAACCGAGGUUGUUGAAGAGGAGCCUGUAGUUGUCCGAGGGAGACUUACAGAGGCUGAUAUAUCGAACAUGAAUUCGGUGUUUGAAAGACUUGGGGAAGAACAACCCAAAGACGAGCCUCCUCGYAGCCCUAUCAGAGUUGAUACAAGAAAUACUCGUUAUGGUCGAGCGAUUGUCAUCACCCAGGGAAUGAUCCAAACUCCUCAGUCUCCUUCAUCACCGAGUCAACCAUCGAAGCCUGUCUACGAUUUCGAACAACAGAMGCAAAAGCAGCCAGAAGAAAAGAAAGAAACUGACUUUGAGCGUUGGCAAAGACAGCAACGUGAACUUGCGGAACGUCGAGAACAGCAACUACUAGAAGAACAACAACGCGAUGAACGAGAAAGGCGUGAGCUAGAAGACCGUGACAGAUUACAACGAGAGGAAUUGGACCGGCAAGGAUUGGAACGUGAACGUCAACAACGCGAGCAACUUGAACGUCAAGAACGCGAAGAACGUGUGGAACGUGAGCGUCGUCAGCGCGAGGAACGUGAACGUCAGGAACGAGAGGAUCGCGAACGUCAAGAACGAGAGGAACGUGAACGUAUUGAGCGCGAACGYCAGGAGGAGGAACAKAGAUUACGCGAAGAACGAGAGCGAAGGGAUCAAGAGCGGAAAGAGCGCAUGCAGAAGGCAAAACUUGAACGUGAACGUAGAGAAAGAGAAGAGCAGGAACGUCAAGAACGCGAAAAGCAAGAAGCGGAACGUAAAAGAAAAGAGCAAGAAGAAUGGGAAAAGGUCGAACAAGAGCGCGAACUAGAAAGRCAACGCAAGGASCAACAGUCUCUCGCAGAGAAAAUGAGACAACAGGAGCAACACCGUGAACGCUUAGAUGCCGACAAAGAAAGACUUCGGCUUAUCGARCGCGAAAGGAAAWUGUUGUAUCCAGAUGACUCGGGCAGCAAUACAACACUUGAUUACAUCGAAUCAAUGUCGGAGGAUGAAGUUGAACGAGAGUUUCGUCGUCGUUUGGAAGCUGAAAACAAACGCAAAAGCGAUCUUCAAGACCGUAGAGCAGGCGGCUUAGUUUCGGUCACUCGAGUUACCUAUCAUCCAGAUCGUAACGACCAAUCUGAAAGAGAUCGGCGCCUACAAAUGAUCCUUCAGGAGCAACGAAUUCUUGAUAAAGAUAGAAAACGAGAUACUCAAAGAGAGGUUCAGAUAAAGCGAGAAGACGACGAAACUCGGAGAAAUAUCCAAUUAACGCGAGAUGAGGCGGAAAGAAAACUACAAGAAGAACAUCAGGAGGAUCGACGGAAACAGCAACUUGACUUGCAGCGWAAAAUAGAAGAGCAGAACAUCUUAAGGGAGAAGGAGAACGAAGCAAGACGCCAGCUCCAAGAAGAACAGAGGCGAAGACCGGACCGUGGARGYGAUUCAGACCACGUGAUGGAGUUAAAAGAACGUGCUUUGAGAGAUUAUGAACGUCGCCGUGGGCUUAUCGAUUUGGAAAUUGCAAAACAACAGGCUCACUUAAAAUUUCAAGACGAGAUUCGUCAAAAAGAAAUCGAAGAAGUUCAAGCCAAGUUCGAUCAACAGCGACCUGUGUCAGCGCUUAAAACUACUAAUGGCACCAAACCCAAAAAACAGGUUUCGUUUUCGCAGAUGUCGACCGAAAUCCGUGAGCCAGCGUCGCCGACUUACGUAGUGGAAUCAUCGUCAGGGUACACAGCUAAGAUCACUCCAGCGGCUAGUGUACGCCUUGUGGAAACACGCCCUCCAGCUAUACAUACACCUCCAGACUCACCACUUAGUACUCCUCCAGAUUCUCCACCAGAGUCUCCACGAGAUUAUCCACCAAUUCCACGUCCUCCUCCCCCUGAAUACGACGAAUAUGACCCUCCGCCACUGCCUCCACCACCUUCAGAGUUACUAGAAGAUGACGAUGAUUUUCCUCCCCCUCCCCCGCCAAGAUUACCUUACAAUGACAGAUCAUCAAGUUCGUCGAGUGAUCCAAGAUCUCCAGUUGAUACAUAUCAACGMAAUACUGUGGCUUCAGGGUACGGGACCUACCCSCGGGCGGCCCGACCUAUGUCGUACCCAGCUCCCGCUGACCUCGAUAGCAUUCAGUUGAGUGAUUCAUUAAAGUACAGCGGCUCUAACAAUAAUAUUAUCGCAAUGAACACUGGAAUUCGUGAAACGCGUUCCCUGGGACGAAUCCCAGUGGGUGGKGGAACCCCUCCGCCAAUACCCAAAAAACCCGAGCAGUUGGGAUUUAAAGAUAAAAUGAAACUCUUCAAUCAAGACAAAACUCCAGAAAACAAAGUUACSACGUCGCGAUGGCAACGAGAACAAUUUGGUGUCAACGGCGAAAUUACUUAUACCUAACAGUAACGUCAUAGAUAGAUUGUAAUAAUAUAGAAUUUUAUAUAAAGUCAAAAUGCUACGUCACAUGCUGAUGACACGUGAAAUUUCACAUGCUCWAUGAUCACGCCUCAUGAAGCACAUUUGACGUCAGAACUACAUAACAAACUAUCAUCGACGUCUAUUUUGACAUACUAUGACGUCAUACUGUUAUUAGAUCCGCGAUGGAUAAAGUGCAGUAUUUUAAUGUUAUUUGAGGAAGCUUACAGUUCAUUUUUAAUAUCUACAUAUUUUAGGAAGAACGUUAUCAAUGUCGAGACGACAAUGUUUAUWUAGGUAUAUAUCUAUGAUUCUUGUCAUAUUGCAGUUUGGCUCAAAAAGGCUCGAUGCUUAUGGACCAAAUAUAGAGAAUUCGAAUGWUAGGCAAGGACAUCAGGUUCGAUCGAGACCGUCGAAUUUCAUUCCCUCGUUUGUUAAGGAAAGCAAUGAACACACACUGAUCACUGUCAGUACUCAAUUCUGAAUAUUGCCGCGAUGGUAAGGGAAUAAAAUGCGACGUCUCUGUAGAACCUUAAAUUGUAGAUUAUAUUUUUAUCAUUGAUAAUAUCAUCACAAUCAAUAAUUCUUACAUAUCAAUUUUAACUAUAAUGAUAUUCAGUAUAGUGAGGUCGUGGCUCGACGCUUUGUCAUGGCUGAAACAUUUCUUUUAAUGAGUUAUUAUUUUAAUUGUUACAUAAUGACAUUUUAAUGCUUCGUUUUAYAGUAACUGUUGYCUUAGUGYCGUCGCUAAGUCGARGUUUUUCUAUAGCGUACUUAUACACACAAGUAAAAAUUCCAUUUUAACAGAUGGCUGCAGUAGACCUUUCUGGUCCAGAUCUAUUUUACUCUUGUUCAGCCUUAAAGGUGUGCAUGAAAUACAUUCAUCAUUAAAAUGAAAGAAUUUAUUGUGUGAAAAAGAUGGAAUUUCCAGCACAGUKGAGGUAUAGAUUCGUGAGUAAAGGAGAACUGGACUGAAAUGCCACUGAGUAUGAUGUUUCAAUGAGAGCCGAAAUUCUCUGAGAAUAGGUACCCCAAUAAGCGGCCUACACCACAUGCCAAUAUGAAUUCUGUUCAUGAAGCUAUUUACAUUUAAAACUACUCAUGUGGGAUUCCCCGUCUAAAAUGUAUACAAGGAAACCUUGUUUGGAGCUAGCUGUCAGUCGGCAAAGUGGCUGACAGGUUAGUUCUUUGUAAAGGCGUGCGGUGCGUUUUGGUCCUUAAUCUUCCAAGGAAACCUUGUUUGAAGCUAGCUGUCAGUCAGCAAAGUGGCUGACAGGUUAGUUCUUUGUAAAGGCGCGCGGUGCGUUUUGGUCCUUUCAUAUGUUGCGAGUGAACAUAUUUGUUUCUUUUGCUGAAGCUUUGUACUCGACCAAGAUCAGAACUCAACAUAUUUUAACAUUCCGGAACAAACUAAUUYCAAUCAUUUUCCAACAGUUUUUAAUCGGAUAGUUCUGAUGUCACUAAAACGUCGUAUUUAUCGUAGGUAGAACCAGGGGUUAGUAUUGACUGUAUAUAUACUUUUAUGSAUCAUUUGUAUCAAAAUUUCAUCUUAUAAAAAUAAAUAGUUUGAAUUAUAAA